CUCGUUCUGGUGAUGAUUCCUGCAAACCCUAUCCAACAUCUGGUCCAACACGCUUGCACCUGCCAACAGAGGCCUCCAUUGAUGAGCAAGAGCCGCCAGCCAGAGCCCCCGGGUCAAAAAGGGCCAACCAAUGGCAGAGAUCAACCACCUCGCCUCCUUUCGCGCGGAUCGGCGUCCCAGCAGUAUACCGUGCCCAGUCAACCUCCAAUGUAUGUCAACAUCUUCCAUAUAGUAUGCAUUGGUGAAGAGAUGACCCUGGAUAUCAAGCACUCUGAGUGAUGUCAAACUACCCCAUUCCUUGUAUCAUCACCACCCCACCGGAUCGUUGGCUAUAAAUCCCGGCCUUGCUCAAGAAGGUCCUACAUUUGCAACAACCCCAGCUACCACCAGUCUUGAGGGAAGGAUCAAAUAUCCUCUGCCUCCAAAACCCAGUUUUCUGGCGGCCCCAUUGCAACACAAGAGCACUAGGCCCCCGGGCCCACCAUCAACAUCUUCACAUGGUCCAUCUCAUGUAAAACCUCACAGGGGCUUAUCAGAAUCAAACAAUGUACCCUUGGGUGGGUCAUCAAGUGGGCAAGGGUAUGGCUACCAGCAUAGCCAGUGGCAUGUGAGGCAGAGCUCUGUGUUGGAUGACCACCAACCACAUCAUAUUGAGGCCUAUCAUUCACAGGUCUCUCAUGUUGCUGCCUACACAAACAACCCUCCCCCCUCAUCAGGCCUUGUAGGUGCUGCCACAGGAGCUUCUCCUCCACCAUCAGACAAAUCUGGAUGGAGAAGGGGACUAUCGUUUCCUCAGGAGCAGGCCUUCCAUGAUCUGCAACAUGCCACUCAGGUCCCUGCCUCCCCAUUCAACCAACCACCUACCCCUCCAUUUCCACCACCUAUCUUGCCCCUACCCUCUAAAACCACCAACAGAAUUUCUACACCACUCACACCACCCACUGCACCUGCCGCACCUGCCGCACCCUCAUCACCACCUCCCACACCUCCACUGCCUCCAACACCUCCACCUCCAGCAUAUGCAGCAUUGCCAGAACUGGGUGUCAAUACUGUUCAGAAGGCCCCCAUUGGUGUGUCAAAGGGCAUUGACACAGUCCCUGGACAAGAUCAGGGAGGUCAUCAGCUGGGAAGAGAAGAUGUGGUUGCACAAGGUAGACCACAAAAGCAGGUGACUUUGAGGGAGCAACCCUCAUCAUCCAAGAAUAUUGGUACUCAGGAGCUAGGUGCUGAGCAAAGCAACCCCUUAUCUGUAUGGCCAACUGAGGGGAGAAAAGUGCAAUCUGAUGCUGGGUGUGCACCCUUGGUCAGGCAUACUCUCAAAUCUCAGCCUUUUGCACCAUCAAACACACAUCUUGCCAAAAGACCCAAGAUCCUGCACAACCCAGAUGUGCUUGCUAGUGCCAAUCUGCCAGACUCAAAAGAGCACAUUGUUGCAAAAGCAAAGAGUACUGGACCAAUUCUGGCCACCAAAAGGACUUCAGGGCACAGUGUAGUGGACAAAAACAGGGGUAGUCUGAGGGCUGUCCCAGAGCAGCAUUCUGAUGGCAGCUCAAACAUCAAUCUCAGCUUGGCUACAACACAUUAUGUGCCCAGCACUUCUCAUUCAUCCACCCCCUCCACUGUUCCAGAUGUUUCUGCAAAGCAGACUGGUAUCCAACUCAGCAAAAAAAUGGCGGUCUCUGUCUCUCAAAAGCAUCCUGCUCCAAUCACAUAUGACUCUGUUGUUGCCUACCUGUCUUCUGAUUCUGACUCUGGUUCAGAAUCAGAGUCAUCCAUCCCUUUGGCUCUACUCCACACUGGCAAGAGGAAAGCACACACAGGCUUUGAUGCUUGCAACAAGGCUGGCCCUAGAUCCAUCAAGCAGCAAAUGACCUUCAAAAAGCCCAAAUUGGUCAUUGACAUCUCAACUGGUGUAUCAUCGGCUGGUGGAGUUGAUGCUCCACAUAGACCCACCCCAGUAGAGGGCUUACUCUAUGGAGUUGACUUUGAGACUCCUGGUCCUCUACCUCCCAAGCAAGCACAACAAUAUCCUGUUACCAGACGCUUUCCUCAGCCGGCAAGAGGACCACCUACACUGGAGCCUUCAAGAGUAGAGCCUGGUGUCCCCCCAUCCCUGCUUCAUGGCUAUCUGUCUUUGUCAGGACCUACACAAGAAGAGGAAGCAAAAGACACAUCAGUGCAGAAGAGUGCUCCUGAGCCGCUUUUCAUGCCUCAUAGCCCCUCUCCUGAACCCUCUCUUUCUCCAGGUCCUUCAACAUCACAUGUGGCCCAAAAACAUGUAGCAUCACAGAUGCUCUUUGACUCUAUUAGUAGUAGCUCCACAGGAGCUCCCAGUAUUGUGGAAGUUCAAGAUAGCAGCUCCAGUAGUGAAACUAUGUCUUCUACUGCAGAAACUGCCAAAGCUGCACCUAUCAUAAAGCUACCUUCUAGAUUGAGUAGGGAUUCAAAGUUCUGGAGAAGAGCAAAGGUGGUUCUGCCACUGGACCCAGCCAAGCGGCAAAUGCUCAUCCAAAAAGGCCUGUAUGAUGUUUCCAGUGAUGAUAUUAACCCACAGGAGCUUAUCAAUCAAGAACAAAGGCCCAAAGAUAUCAGAAUUGGUCAACAGACCACACCCACAAAUCCCAUUUCAUCAAGAAUCAAAUCCAUCAUUGUUCUUGGUGGAUCAAAAACAGUGCGGGUCCGGUCACCUUCCCCAAUCCCUCAGAGAUUUACUGCUGCAAACGGCCCACAGGCAGCAACAUACAGCAAUGUGCUCUGUGAAACUCUUUUGGAUUGUUGCACAGUCAAUGAGUGUAAAUGGAACCACUGUGCUGCCAUUCUGGCAAGUGAGAAUCUACUGAGAUUGCACUUUCAUAAGUGUCAUCUGAAUGAUGGACCAGAGGAUGAUAACCAUUGGAAGGUUCAAGUUGGUGUCAACAAGUGGCAUUUCAAACGCUUCAAAAGAGAUAAGUCAAAUUACAUUGAACCUGUCACAGUGGAAUUUCUCUUCCAGUGUUUGUGGCGUACAUGUGACAAAGAAACAUUUUCAACCCAUGAGAAGCUCUUGCAGCAUGUCAUUGGGAAACACAUUUCAAACACAUUGACCUGCCCCUAUGAUUGUUGGUCAAAUUGACUUGCUGUCUGUAAUAGUAACUGAUAAUUCCCAGCCUGCAGACAUUCAUCUCCAUUGGUGCCUUUGCUGCUCAGGGUAUGUUGCUAUUUGAUAAAUGUCUCAGCAGCUGAUGGAUAUGUGUUAGCAUGUUAUGAAGACCCAUGAGAACACCUUUGUUGAGCCACGCCAAUUCACAAGUGGUACAUCAACCAGGGCCUGGGAGUCUCAUCUCACAGGCAGACCUCCAACAUUGCCCAAAUCUGUGCCUUCUUACCUUGUCACAACUCCACUUGUUUCUGGCUCAGCACCAGAAGAUGAGGAUGAUGUUGACGAGCUACGAGACAAAGUCUUGGAGCUUUGCACAACUCCUGAUGACCCUGUGCUGGCUGCGUGGGCUGAAGAGGAUGAGGAUGCUAAGAUGAAGCCAAUGAUGGAGGCAACUGGCAAAGGGGGGCAGUCUCUAUCACAAUAUUGGAUCACCACUAGCACCUGCCUGCAGAAUGACACACCCACAGGCAGUGGGAGUCUUCUGUGACACAAGCCCUCAUUCUCACGGUACCAAAGAAACUCAGAGGGUGAAGAGAAAGAUCUCUAAAAAGAGACAAUUUGUCCACAAGACCAGCCAUAAGUUUGUAGUGUGCUUGGUAUCCUCAAUCAUAAUGUUGCUCUUCCAGAGCUUGUUUGUAUAGUAAUUUGAUGACUCUGAUGCCCCUUCAUGACCCUUGACCAAUGCAGUAUCCACACAGUUGUGAUAUGUGCAUAUUUUUCUGGCCAACUAGUUCUCAACUGUCCAGCAGCUCUCUUUAUAUACCCUUUGCUUCCAGAGAGCCUGGGGCGGCUGAGCUGGGGUGGGAGGGACAGGUGAAGUGUGCUAGGCGCCUGCACGCCCCAUGGACUCUUUUUAGCCUUGCUUGCCUUUGUCUUUGCCUCCGUCUUUGCUUUUGUUACUUGUUUUCGUUCUUGUCCUUUCUUCUAGUAGGGCUGUUCAAUGUACGUCGACAUGCCAUAUUCACUACCCUUACCUUCUUCCGCCCGUCUCUCCUCCCUUAUUGUCUUUAACCUUUUCGUACGCUUUGCCAGUCAACUUGUACCCUUAUUUGCUUCGUGCCGUAGAUGUAUCACAAAGUUGCUCCAUCUAUUGUCCCAUCACUUAUUCAUGUAUAUAAGAAAGGCUGGGUGUUGGGAAAG